AAAAAGGAGAGGAGAGAGAGGAAGAACUCAACUCACAGGCAGGACAGACAGAGAGAGAGAGAGAGAGAGAGAGAGAGACUAGAAGUCAACUUACAGGCAGGACAGACAGAGAGAGAGAGACUAGAAGUCAACUUACAGGCAGGACAGACAGAGAGAGAGAGACUAGAACUCAACUCACAUGCAGGACAGAGAGAGAGAGAGAGAGAGAAAGACUAGAAGUCAACUCACAGGCAGGACAGACAGAGAGAGACUAGAAGUCAACUCACAGGCAGGACAGACAGAGAGAGAGAGAGAGAGAGAGAGAGAGAGAAAGACUAGAAGUCAACUCACAGGCAGGACAGACAGAGAGAGACUAGAAGUCAACUCACAGGCAGGACAGACAGAGAGAGAGAGGGAGACGAGAAGUCAACUUACAGGCGGGACAGAGAGAGAGAAAAUAGUGAAAACCUUUGAAGAUCUCUGAAGAAGUGAAGCUUCAACUGAAGACUUCAGAAGGAGACAAUCACCAUGGCGAUGUUGACCACUCUUCUGCUUCUCAGCGCUGUCUUUGCUCUGGGAGAUGCAGGGGGUAGCAGAGGGCAUCGGCAUAAUCACUGUGACUCGGAGGAACACAUUCCUCCUCCGAAAGAUCCGUACGACUCAGAGGAAAACAGUUCUCCUUCGGAGGAACACACUCCUCCCCCGACAGAUUUGUCUGACUCGGAGGAACACAUUCAUCCUCCCACAGAUCUGUCUGAUUCAAAGGAACACAUUCAUCCUCCCAAAGAUCGGUCUGACUCAAAGGAACACAUUCAUCCUCCCACAGAUCGGUCUGACUCAGAAGAAAACAUUCCUCCCCGGAAAGAGUGGCAUCGCAGAGUCUGCCCAAACGGCUGGCCCAGAUAUAAGACUCACUGCUAUCACUACGUCCCCUUCAUGACCACAUGGCCAGAGGCAGAGAGGAAAUGUUUGCGCUUGGGAGGUAACCUGGCAUCAGUGCACAGCCUUCCCCAGUAUCGUUUCCUUCAGUCUGUCAUCAGGAAGAGUACCAGGAAAGUCCAGCGUACCUGGAUAGGAGCCAACGAUGCCAUCAAGGAGGGUCUCUGGCUGUGGAGUGACGGGUCCAAGUUUAACUACCAGAACUGGGGCCCGGGUCAACCCUCUAACUAUAACCAUGGUGUUAUUAAGGACAACACGAACGGCCGGGAGCAUUGCAUGGAGAUGAACUAUGGAGCUUCUCGCUGCCAGAACGAUGCCCCGUGCUGGUUUACAUUUCCCUUCCUGUGUUCCAGAAAGUUGUGAUGUCCACAUUUUGGGAGAGACAACAUUGGAGAAGCUCUCUAAAGCAUAUGAGAUUGUUUUAAAUAAAAGGCAUUACCUUUAA